ACAAACAUGAUGAGAUUCUGGCGCAUGGUUGUGGCGACAAUGCUGGUGGUGGCAGUCGCGGUGACAGUGGUGGCAGCAGAGGAAGGCGAGGCCCAACCUCCCGCUGCAGCACAGGAAGCCGGAGCCGAAGACGCGGCAGAGAAUUCGGACGCCACCGACGCUCCAGCUGACGAUGACCAGGCGACGCAAGACGAGGCCGUGACCUCUCAAACGACAGAAGAUGCUGAGGCAGAAGACGACGAAGUUGAAGGAAGCGAAACAGCCAAGGAGAGUCCGAGCUCUGACGCUGCCGCCGAGCCCGAGGACUCCGGCGACGACGACGGCGGCGACGACGGCGAGGAGGCAGGCAACGACGGGGACUCCCUCGCCGUCCACCUGCCGGCUCUCCUCGCCUCCACUGUCUUCGCUCUCAAGUUCGCCCACUGAGAGAAGAGAGGAGA